CUGUGUGUCAAGUAGGGUAGCUGUGAUGUUGCUGCAAGGAAGGCGGGGGGCCGGGGUGGUUGAAUCCAAAUCAGCAACUAUUCCUACAUCUGUCUCACACAUCACUGCCUGAAAAAAACGCCACUAUAGUAAAGAGAAUUCACACGAAAAUGUUUGGAGCACUCACAGUUUAUUUGGGUGAGUAUUGUUAAAUUGGAACACCUGGCAAAUUGGGACAGUUAAGCUUUUCAAUGAAUACACAAAAUAACCUAAAACCAAUGCAUUGCUGAAAAGGAUAAGGAAGGUCCCAUGGAUAUAACGUCAUAUAAGUGGGCGUGAAAUCACGUGCAGUGACACUUGAUUCCAGAAUCACAACGGUAAGUGAAAUAAAAUCUAAAAACAAAUAUUCUGUUUCAUUUCAAUAUAUUUUGUAAUGGGAUGUAAUUGUGUAUCAAAAUUACUAUGAAUCAAUUCUAUACUCCUUUCACCCUUUUGAAAAAUGUAAAUUUUGAUAAUGUCCCAUUUUGCCAAAUGCCUAAAUGGGACAACCUGUUACUGUCAAAAUGAGACACUGUUCUAAGUCAUUUUGAUAGGAAAAAAUGUUUUUGAGGAUCACAAAAUACAUGCUGUCUUGAAAGAAAUCAAUUUUCUAAACUGGAUCAAAUAUAAUUUAUCUUAAACAUGUUAUCAGCUAGCUUGCUCAACCUAAGCUAAGAAGAGCUAGCAUAGCUGUGUUUUAGCUAGCCUACUUAGAAAAUAUUGCCACACCAAUAAAAGUGCUAGCUAGCUAUACCUACCUAUUUUACUCCCUCUCCUAACAUGUAUGUAUUUUUAUUAUAAAUCAAUAUUAAAUUUACAAAUAUUUUUAAUUUUUUUUUAAAUUGUUUCACAUAAGUAUCACAAUUGUGUGGAUUUAUUUUCAUUAUAUGGUUAUUUGAAGACAUUAAAAUGCUGAAAUUACUUAUCCACUCCCAUUUUGCCAGUAGCACCUGUAAAAGGAGUAAUCGAUUCUGUGUACAAUUAUUCUUUAUUUUUUCUUCUGUAUAUUGUCGUAAGGGGGUUAAUAUUUAUAGCAUUGUAUAGAGUUGGGAGCUAAGACACUGGGAUGAUUCAGUUAAUUGUUCCAGGAUGCAAAUUUUCAGAACGUGUCCCAUUUUAACACUACUCACCCAGGUCAAACACUUCUUUUGCAUAAUUGUGACUUUUGGCAUCCUUUUAAGACGGGGAAGCAUAUUUUUGUGCAAAUUAUUGUGCUUGAAGGUGGCAAACUGAGCGCACUCAUGUGCUUGAAUCAUAUCGCCCAAGAAACCUGUUUUUCUAAUAAUGGCCUGCAAUUACUCUCACUGGUAAAUCCAGCAAUGUGCAUUUCAUCAUAAGAAAGGUCAGUGUGGGCCGUUUAGUCAUGCAAGCUCCAAGCUCUGAAACCGUGGCACAGGACAAUAAAAGGGGAAAAAAACACUGAAAUUAGCCUAUUACCAAGCCCCUUUGAACACUUUUAAUGUCACAGAGAGAGGAACACGCUGCCAUGGCGAAUAAUGAGGAGGAAUUAUGUGAAGGUAGGCUAAUGGUGAAUGAUGGAAGCAGCCCUGGUGCGCCAUCAUCACCAUCCUCAUCACCCUGCUGUCCUCAAAACUUGAGAACACUCAGACUGUAUAUAUUACCUUCAUCACGAUGCACUUGGUCGCCCUCUUGCUAUCUCACUUGGAAAAAAAGGGGGGGGGGAAGAAAAGCUCUCUGUGUUGAAGCAGCGGCUCAUUCAUUCACCAGCGCACACGGUAGAGGGGGGGAACAACAGCUGCAGCAGCAGCAUACACGCAACAUUUUAUCAAGAAUUUAGAGCAGGGAAAAAACACAGCAACUUUAAGGAGCAUACAGUGCAUCAGAAGGGCUUCACUGAGGAUGGAGAAAUCUAUAUUUUGCAUUCAACCUCUGGAAAUAUCUGAGACCGCGCGGACAACCUGAGAAUGAACUCCUCUGUGCUCGUGCCUCCACUGCUGCAACUUCUCACCGAGGAGCGGAUGGAUGCAGGGAUGCUGGAGGAUUGUGUGUUAAGAUAAAGUUGUGCGAGAGCGCAAAAUCAAGUUGGAGUGGAGUAGAAAGAAAAGACUCGUCACGAAUUAAUGGAUUUUGUCGGAUCACUGGACAGGAAAGGUUUUAAUCGCAAGUCUCACAAUAUCGGAAGAGUUCACGUAAUCUUGAGAGCGCAUCGUUUGGUCCCAGUUGCAAAAUUAGUCCAGAGAGAAUGAGGUGUCGCUGGGUGAAGCAUGAGCUGUCAGAGAAUCAGUCAUAAGCGGCUGUCUCUACUAUGGGAGGGGGCAGCUCUCAGCCUCUGGCUCUGCUGCUGGACCUCCAGGGCCGCAGCCGCCGCCGGACAAGGCGACGGCGCCUCCGGCUCCCUGGACUGGCUGCUGUCGGAUAAAGGGCCCUUCCACCAGUCCCUGGAGUUCACAGAGGCUGCGGAGAGGCACCAGCAGGGCUUCAGCACCAGAUACAAGAUCUACAGGGAGUUUGGUCGAUGGAAGGUCAACAGCCUGGCGGUGGAGAAACGAGACGGUGGCAGCGGCGGCCUGGCUCUGCCCCUCGACCCCGACUUCAUGCACACCAUCCGCCAGCUGGGGAGGCGGCCAACCCUCCAGAUGAUUACAGAGAGUCUAAUCAAGAAAUAUGGCACCCACCUCCUCCUCUCCGCCGCUCUGGGAGGGGAGGAGUCUUUGACUAUAUUUGUGGACAAGAGGAAGCUCAGCCAGGAGUCUUCGCCCUCGGGGGCGGAGGGCAGCCGUAGCAGCAACAGGAACUCCAGUACUACCGGGCCAGUGACCCUGGAGGCCCUCCACCAGCUGGCAGCUUCCUACUUCACCGACAGAGAAAGCACCCUGCGCAGGCUGCACCACCUCCAGAUCGCAUCCACUGCCAUACGGGUGACUGAAACCAGAACUGGGCCUCUCGGAUGCAGCAACUAUGACAAUCUGGACACAGUCAGCUCUGUACUGGUUCACAGUCCAGAGAACAAGGUUCAACUACAAGGGCUGCAGGUCAUCCUCCCAGGCUACUUGCAGAACCGGUUCAUUCAGGCUGCUCUUAACUACAUUGGCUGUAAAUCUGAGGGUCAGUUUGUGUGCCAAAACAAUGACUGCUGGUGUGAGUGUAGCGUGGACUUCCCUCAGUGCAACUGUCCUCACACAGACCUGGACACUCUGGAAAACAACCUGCUGCGCAUCAGAGAUGCCUGGAGGCAGACCCACCAGGAGUUUGAGGAAUCUGAGGAGUUCCAAAGCUUUGUUGGGAAACUGCCAACCCAUUACGCUGUAAACACAUCUGUCGUGGAGCAUUUGUGGAGGACGGAUGCCAGCCUGCUCCAGCGCUACAGGCAGCUGGAGACCAGCAGCAACCAGCUUUUCACCAAAACUCGCCGCACUGCUAACAAGCUCUUCAACCUGAGCAAAAGGUGCCGAAAACAGCCCAAAAUAGUCCUGCAAAGGCCGAGGCCUCUGCACUUCUGGCUGAGCUACGCCCUCUCCAUUUUGUACUGCAGCGAGAACAACCAUGUUGGUGUUUACAAUGACGAGAGCCACAGCUGCUCCUGCCCUUACAGCCAUCCGCCUUGCCAGGGCCUCGUUCCCUGCUCCGUGGGCGAAGGUCCCCGCUGUGCGUCUUGUUCCUCAGAGAACCGCACACGAUGCUCCAGCUGCAACCCCAGCUUCACUCUGACCCAGGGAGCCUGCCGACCUGCUGUGCCAGACCCCACAGACCCCUAUCUGGGCUUGGAGAGUGACCGAGACCUGCAGGACCUGGAGCUGCGCUACCUGCUUCAGCGGCGCGACUCGCGCAUCGCUCUGCAUGCUGUGUUUGUGAGCAAUGACGUGCGAGUGAACACUUGGUUCGACCCGUCCUGGAGGAAACGAAUGCUGCUUACCCUCAAGAGCAACCGGGUGAAGUCCAACCGUGUUCAUAUGCUCCUUGGACUUGCCCUACAGUUUUGCCUCACCAGGAACAGCACUCUGGAGCCGGCAUUGUCUGUAUUUGUCAAUCCCUUUGGGGGCAGCCAUUCAGAGAGCUGGACCAUGCCUAUAGGUCAGCAUGGAUACCCGGACUGGGAGCGGACCAAGCUGGAUAUCCCUUUGGACUGCUAUAACUGGACGUUGUCUCUGGGAAACAGAUGGAAGAGCUUUUUUGAGACAGUUCAUUUCUACCUGAGGAGCCGUAUCAGGGAGGGAGUGACAGGAGGAAACAAGAACUCUACAUUGUACUAUGAGCCUUUAGAGGCGACAGAGCCGUCCAACAACAUCGGCUACAUGAAAGUGAACAGCAUACAGCUGUUCGGAUACAGCGUGCACUUUGACCCUGAGGCAAUCCAAGACCUGAUUCUGCAGAUAGACUACCCGUACACUCAGGGAUCACAGGACUCGGCCCUGCUGCAGCUGGUGGAGCUGCGCUACAGGGUGAACCGCCUCUCGCCUCCAGGGGCCCCACACGUGGAUCUGUUCGCCUGUCUUCUCCGCCACAGACUCAAACUGUCCAGUGCAGACGUGACCAGGAUACUCACUGCCCUUCAAGCUUUCAGUGCCAGACAACCAAACUACGUGGAGUACGAGGCAAAUAAACUAUGUAGUUAAUGGCUCCCAUUUGAUGUUUUGUAUUUCCUUGCCACAGACAGGUCUGUAUCCUUGUCAGCUGGAUCCAUUUGUGUCAAGUGAGUGGUAUAUUGUUCAAGGCUUUGUUGUACAUACACUAUGUGCAAUUAAAUUUGAUGUUUCUAUAA